UCAAGGACUAUUGAGCGACAUAAACGCGACGUGCGUAUCUCGGUCGCCAUUUUGAAUGGCUGAGGACCCCGCUGGAGAGAUGAGGAUGUGCCGAGGAGGAGUGAUUCCGUGGUACAGGAGGAAAACCUGCCUAAUAUGGACACUGUUGAUUGCGGGGGCUGUCGCCUACCUAGUUUACACCCGGAGGCGACACAUAGCCUUCACACAGUCCUUAAUGGAGCACAUUCCGCAACUUGGCGGAGGCGGGGGUGGCUCGAAUGUCGCAGAGAAAGAAGGUGGAUUCUGGGAAUCACACGGGGGUGAGGAACUGAAAGUCGGCCAUGGAAAGGUUCGCGUGAGGCAACCAGUUCGUGAGCCUGUACACUUUGGCCAGGACAGAGAACCUCAUGUGAAUGAUGUAGAAGAGGUGAAGGUCGAACACAAUAUAGCGAUACAUAAGCCUGUCGUCAAAGUGGAUGAAGUCAUUGACAUAGAUGGGCCGGAUGGGGACGUGCAAAAUGACAAUCAGGAUGUAAAAGAGCCAGCAGACACAGGUCAUAUUCCUGGGGUCAAGGACGAACAAAACAAUAUUGAGGUCAAGGUCGAAAACAAAGUCCCUGAGGUCAAGGACGAAGUUGAGGAUGUAAACAACAACAUUGAAUUUGCAAAGGACAAAGAACCAGUUCAAAACAAAGAGCCGGCGAUGCAAAAACAUGAAGUAGCAAAGAUACUCGGUGCUGACAAAGAGAGACUUGCCGCUCUGAAGCGAAAAUUAGAAUUUGCUCAGAAGGAGGCUAACAAUGUGGCACCGCCUGGUCGCGCUGGGGUGGUGGACGCCGUGCUACCCGACAGAGCAACCCUCAGCACAUGGGACCAUGGGCGACUCGAGUCUACGUUCCACAACUACGUGAUCGUGCCGCAGAUUGAGUGUGCUAUAAUCGCCCCCAUGGGGAAGAAGGGGGACGGGGCAUGGGACGUGUGCCAUGCAGACGGGUACCGCCCUGAACGCCCCUGCUUGAUGUACUCAUUUGGAUUCGAUACAAACUUUAAGUUUGAGGACGACGUUGCUAAAAGAUACGGAUGUGAAACUCAUUAUUUUGACCCAAAGAUGAAGUCGAUGGACGGGCUAAAACGCAUGUCGGGAGUGGUCAUCCAUGCCCUCACGUUGUCAUCGGACAAUGGCCGGACUCCAAGUGGUUGGAAGGUCCGAACACUGGCCACAGUAAAGGACGAAUUGUUUCAUACUAAGGCUAUCGAUAUUCUCAAAGUCGAUAUCGAGGACAACGAAUGGCGAGCGAUACCGGAAAUGUUCGAGAGUGGAGUUAUGGGCAAAGUGAAACAGUUUCUUCUGGAGAUUCACGUCUUGUCUCAGAGCAGGACGGAGCCUUCCAAGGAAGACUACAUAAACUACCUUGUGUUGAUGCGUGAUAUAUACAUAGACGGCUUCAGGAUUGCCCGUACAAGUCCUCACGACAAAAAGAUUAAAUCCAUGUUUGGCGAACAGAGACCUCAGAGCUAUGAUAUCAUGUUUCUGAGGAUUCGAGAGCAGGCGAGAUCAUAAUCUUGGGAGAGAAUGACGUUGGGGUCACGGUUUGCACUGAAAAUUUGAACUUUAAAUCUGAUAUUUUGUUAACAUAGGUGGGGAGCCGAGUGGGUCUGGGGAUGAGGGUGGUGGGUGGGGGUGUCAUGGAAUCCGGACCCCCCUUUUGAAAACCAAUGUAGUAUGUUUGAGACAAUCCCCGCCACUGAGAGAGGAUUUUUAUAUUUUAACAAUGCUGGAUCUAAGCAUGGUUACAGUCGUGAUAUGCUCCAAAACUAAGUGUUCUAUACAGGACACUACGCUCGUAGAGAGUAGCGUGGUGUAGUAUACAUUACAGACACAUCGACACAUCGAUGUACACCGGUAUCGAGGGGGACAGACACUAACAUUGAGGGUACUUCAACCCAUGUCACCUGAUUGACCCGUGGUCAGCCAAUUUACCUUGCAACACACCUUAUCAUAUUGCAGGUUAGUCUCAUGUAUGCAUGCUUUGGUCCGAGUCGGUAAGAAUACCACAGUUAGGCAUUAUCGCAGACGACAAAAAACAAACUCAUUCCCCAAGACCUUUUCAUUCGGAAAAUAUCGUAAAUAUCCGGAGAAUGUCUUACAUAGUUAAUUCGAGAUACAAAAUUGCGGUUCGUAUGUUGCCAACAGUUCGGCAAUUCGAGCGGGGAACAUAGGAGAUGUGUGUUAGCGGAGUACAUUGGAAAUAAUAAUAUGGGUCUCAGCCAAUCAGAAUCCGACUUUCAUGCACAAGCUUAGAUGAUGUGAUUUUCGCGUUCGUUCAUCAUACUAUCCAGGUUCUAUUUAUGUAUAUGUAUAAUUUAUGUAAACCAGCUUUUGUUGAGAUACUCCUACUUAAAGCGGCAAAUAAAAUUACUUACCAAAGUAACUCUAAGGUGCCGGGCAGAAGAAAGAAUACAGUUGAAAAUUGGAUUUGACCCCAAAAUGACAAACGUUUAUAUGAAACCGUUACCAGGCUACCUGCUGUGAGAUAUGAUGCAUUUAAUAUCGCCUAUGAUACCUGUUUCAAAGACAUCACCAUCAAAUAAACAUUUCUUGUUUCCUUUUAGCCAUCA